GAUAUGGGACUAGACCAGUCCUCUUCAGGAUGCUGAGACCUCUCUGAGAGUUAUAAUGAGUUAUCAGCAGGGGACUGAGGGUGGAGUCAUCCCUAAAGAAAGACAGAAGGAUGGGUCACCGUACAAGGAACUUGAUGAGACCAUGGACCCUGAUAUGAGCAUUUUUAAGAAUCUCCAUCUACGUUCAGCUAGUCAUAUGUCUAUGAGUGUCCAGAGCGCCCAGUCAGGGAAUUCAAGCAUAGACCCAAGUGAUGAUGGAGACCAAACCAGAGAUGAAAGGAUCCACCUGGAGAGAUCAAUGUCACAAACCCCCAGUUAUCUAUCCAUGAAGAGUGACACAUCUAUGGAUCCCCCACUUUUCUUCAAGGAGGGAAACUUAACUCAAAAACAGGAGCCAGAGGAGGUGGUCUGUGAUGUCUGUGAGGUCAAAGCUGUGAAGUCCUGUCAGACCUGCAAUCAGUCCUACUGUGAGACCCACGUUAGGAAGCACUACACACUACUUAAACUACAGACACACACCCUGGUGGUGGUGACUGAAGAACUGAAGGAGAAACUCUGUCAGGAGCACCACAGAGCUCUGGAGGUGUUCUGCAGGACAGACCAGAAGCUGAUCUGCAGUCUGUGUUCUGUGACAAUGCACAAAGGACAUGAUGUAGUCUAUGAGGAGAUAAAACAAGCUGGAAGACAGACUCCAGAUGAAGACCAUGACCAAAUGCUGCCCCCUCCUGGUGAGAUUCAGUUCCUGUCGGUGAAGUCAGACUCAGUGUCUCUGAGCUGGGGUUCUCCUCGGGGGGUUAAAGGACCACAGAAGUUUAGAGUGACCUGGGAAUGUGAUGGGGAAAAGCACAGUCUAGAUGUGAAGUACAUGCAUCAAGUUGAAAUAGAUGGACUGAAACCUGGUGAAAAGUAUCAGUUCAAUGUAGCCACUGAGGGGGUCGAUGGAAGUUUAAGUAGAUGUGUCUCGGGAUCUGUAUUCACAGUGGUGCCAGCUCCCAGAGACUUAAAUAUAAACCAGUUGAAAGACACCUUCAAUAUCAGCUGGACCAAGGCUGAAGGAUUGGAUAAAGUCACACAACGCUUCCUCAUAUCCUACUGCAGCCCAGGAACUGAGCCCAAGGCAAUACAUACUGAAGAAUGCCACAAAACAUUAUUCUAUCUACAACCUGGUACUGAGUACACCAUCCAUGUCUCAACUGUGCUGAACAAUGGGAAACAGAGUGAACCCAUCUCUACAACCAUCUUCACUAUUGUUCCUGCUCCAGAAAGUCUGAAUGUUCACUCAGUAACCACCUCAUCAGCUACUGUGAGAUGGAACCAGUCACAUGAAUUUGAAGAAACCCAACACCAUUACCAGAUCUCCUACCACCGCUCUGGGAAAGAGAAACACAUCAUUACCACAUCCUUACAAAGCAACACUCUCCAUGUCCUGAAACCUGGUACUCAGUACUCAGUGACUGUCUGCACUGUGCUGGAAAAUGGGGAGCAAAGUCAACUGGUGUCAACAACCUUUAAUACAUACCCUACUCCUCCAGGAAAUCUUGUUAUAUGGUCUUAUAGUGCGACCUCUGCCAAACUCAUCUGGGAUCGUCCUGAUGGCAUUGAAGACAUCCAGCACCACUUUAGGGUGACAUGGUGUUACAAUGCCAAUCCAAUUGAGUCCUUCACUACCAAAGAAAACUGUGGAAAUGUCACUGAUCUGACACCAGGGAAGAAGUACACCAUCACUGUCUGCACCAUUGACGAGAGAAAUAUGGAGAGUGAACCAGUCUGUACUAGCCUACAUACAAAGCUCACUCUGAAACUUUUUAUGCAGAAGUUGGGACUGACACAGCAUUUUGAGGAGAAACUAUCGCUGAAUGCCGUGCUUGAAAUCGAUGGCCUAACGUUAGGAAAGAACCAUACGGUUACUCCUCAAACUCUACCAUGGUGUUUUCUGAAAGAACUGAUGAGGAUGAACGUGUCUGCAAGGGAUGUAAAGUACAUCACCAAUGAUAAGGAGGAUCAUAUGAAGGUAAACCCUCUAGACCUUAUCACAGCCCUGUGUCUGUGCUCAGAUGGUUUCCUGCAGCAGGAGAUGGUCCUUAAAAUGUCCAUGUGUCAGUUUGCUGUUCCUCUCCUGCUGCACAACUGUGACACAGAACAAAGCACUUUGAUGCUGUGGGCCUUGAGGGACAUAGUGAAGAGGUUUAGACCCUCUUCCCAAACAUCCACAAAGGCUUUUGUGGAGGAGAGAAUAGUACUUUCUGAUAUUCAUAUGGUGUCUUUUGUUAGGUUAGGAGAAAGUAGCUUGUCUAAGUCUCAGAUCUUGAACAAACUGCUUAGUAACCCUCAACAGCACAAUGACACAUUUGUUCAUCAUGAUAUGGAAUGUGGGAACGUCCCUCGCAGAAUCUCAGAUGGCCUAGUUGAAAUCAGCUGGUACCUCCCAUGUGGGAACAGAAACAUAGAUAGGUUAUCUAAGCCUGUGGCGGUGGCCAAUCUCAGAGGAGACAUCAGGUCCUUUAAAAAACUGUUUAACUUUCUGUGUCAGAUAUCAGCUGCAGUGUUCAUUUUCAGUGAUGAUUUAAAGGCAGAUUCUGAGCUUUUGGAAGGUGACUCAAAAGCAGAGUUAUUUCUGGUUGUCAACUCUCAGAGAAAAACAUUCAGCAAAGACAAAUUGAGGACAUUUACCACUGAAUUCAGUAUCAAUUCAGCACAUGUGAUUGUUAAGGAAAUUGAAAAUGAUGCAGAAUUUGUAAAAACCCUGCAGUCAUCUAUGGGUGACAUCACCAAAACAAGUCCAAACAGAUUGACAGUUGAAAACAUGGCUCACGUGGCUCAUCAGAGUGGGAUUCUGGUUGAUGAAGACAUCGAUGAGUGUCAGAAUGCCAGGAAGAUGGCAGAUGCAAUUACCAGUAACAUCAAAGACACAGUGAAAUUCAAAGACCAUCAACUACCCUUACAAGGAACAAUCUGGAAAGAGCUUUCCCAGUUGGAGAAAGAGAGAUGUAGACUGAGAAAAGCAGGAGGUCAAGAAAUUGAACACUACAAGAGCUCUCUGAAUAAAAAGGAAAAAGAACUGAGGGAGAAGCAACAAAGCUUUGGUAUGACAGAGACAAUGACAAACUUCAUAACUGGCAUGUCAAGUUCAAAAGCGGAGCGAUCCCAUUUCCUCAAAUGGAUGCAGAUUCAUUUGGACAAUCUGUCUCGGCAGAACCUGUCUGGUUUGCGGGAGCAGUACAAAGAUCUUUGCCAAAAUCAUCCAGAGAAAAAAGCCAUUGCAGAUUUAGAUAGGCAAAUGUCUGAUUGUUCCUUGGGACUUGAACACUUCAUUCGUGAGUUGGGCCAGCUGUAUGAAGCUGCCUGCUCCCUCCCUGAAGACAGCCCUCAAAGGAAACAGAUGGAGCAUCUCCCUGGAUUGUGUGCUCAGAUGCUGUUGGAUGGUUUCCCCAUUGAGCUUCUAGAUGGAGAUGCAUCAAAUAUCCCUCUGAAAUGGAUAUCAGGUAUUCUGACUAAGCUUCAUACUCUUGUCCAAUCCGACAGCAAGAUCAAGGUUGUCACAGUUUUAGGGGUCCAAAGCACAGGGAAGUCCACUCUCCUCAAUACCAUGUUUGGGGUCCAGUUUUCUGUCAGCAGUGGAAGAUGCACCAGAGGGGCCUUCAUGCUACUGAUUAAAGUCAACAAAGACCUCAAGGAGGAGUUGAAAUGUGACUACAUCAUGAUCAUUGACACAGAGGGGUUGAAAUCACCAGAGUUGGCUCAACUAGAUGACAGCCAUGAACAUGACAAUGAACUGGCAACACUGGUGAUAGGACUCAGUGAUGUCACUAUCAUCAACAUGUCCAUGGAGAACUCCACAGAGAUGAAAGACAUUCUGCAGAUUGUUGUUCAUGCUUUUAUCAGGAUGAAGGAAGUGGGUAAGAAGCCAAUAUGUCAUUUUGUUCAUCAGAAUGUGCCUGACCUCUCUGCUCAUGACAACAACAUGAGGGACAGGAAGAGGUUGGUGGAGCAGUUGAAUCAAAUGACCCAGGCAGCAGCCAGAAUGGAGAAGGAGGAGAAUAUCACCAAGUUCACUGAAAUGAUGAAGUAUGAUCCAGACACAAGCAGCUGGUACAUCCCAGGACUCUGGCAUGGGACUCCCCCGAUGGCUCCAGUCAAUGCUGGCUACAGUGAGGCUGUGUAUGAUUUCAAAAAGAGCUUGAUGCAAGACUUAAUAAAAUGCCAGAGUAAUGAUGACAUGGCACAUUUCCUGAAGUGGACACAAACCUUGUGGGAGUCUGUAAAAUUUGAGAAAUUCAUCUUUAGUUUCAGAAACAGCUUGGUUGCAGAUGCAUACUCCAGUUUAUGCUCUGAGUACAAUGGUUGGGAAUGGACCUUCCAGAAGGAGAUGUAUUCCUGGAUUGUAAGUUCUGAAACCCAAAUUUCAAAUUUUGGCAUAACAGAUCCAAAUCCCCAAAUGAGCAUAAGAAAUGUGCUGAAGGACUUGUUGAUGGAAGCAUCUGAGAAGCUGGCAGUUGGAGAAAAGAAAAUCCAAGACAAUCUAGUGAAAUACUUUGAAAAUGAAGAUGGACAUGUCAAUCUGGUGGAAAAAUACAAGGAGGACUUUGUGUCUAGUGCUAAAACACUGAGACGAGAAAUACAAAACACAGUGAGUAACACUCUACUUGGAGUUGUUGAAAUCAAAGAAGGAAUGGCCAUACUGGAUGACACCAAUAGUUCACAGGCAAAUACACUAGAAAAGAAGGUGCUGGCUUUGCUGCAAACCUGUAGACAGAAAAAAUCUGAUUUAUCAGAACAGGACCUCAGAGAAGAGUUUGAAAGUAUGUGGGAGGAAACUCUGUCUGAGAUCAACUUUAGCGGACUGCCAGAGAGAGAUGUGGCUCAGGAUGCCUUCCUUAUGUUACGUGAUAACUUAUCAACAAGGGGCAGUCAUGUAAAUAAAAUGUUGGUAAAAAGCUGUUUGGUGGAUUGUGGGAAAACAGUCUUUGUUGUUGAAUCAGGCGGUUUGUUGGAGAAGGCUAAAGGCCUUGUGGUGCACUGGGAUCCAGACCAUUACAGGAAAAAACAGCAAGACUUCUGUGAUGACAUCAUAACCCAGUGUCAGAACUUUAUAACCCAGAAGGUGGGAAGCAAAACAGCCUAUCAUAAUACUUACAUCAAAGAACUGCUGAAAAUGAUUGAAACAUUGCAACAACGAAAUAAUUUUAAAGUUAGUGAGGAAUGUGAGGUUCGUCUGAAGCUACACAUCUGUGGCAUUGCAACCAGAGAGUUCCAGAAGAUGAUUAAUCAUUUCAUUGCAUUUAAUGACCCUCGGAAGUGUCUGGAGAGGUAUAAGAACAAGUAUCUUACGGAGUUCAUAGACUUGUUUCAUAACCAAGACCAGUGCCAAAAGAAAGCUGAAGAGUUCACAAAUCUCUUACGACCAGCUGUACAGGACUAUGUGACCAAUAUGAUUGGUUCUGAUGUGGUAGAUGAAGUGAAGACAGGUGAAGGGUCAGAGGAUUACAGCACACGAGGGGCUUUCCAGUUCUCCAUUUUACAACAACUCCUGACAGAUGGAAAAUAUGAGAAAUAUAGAGAAUACAUAAACCAUUAUGAAAGGUUUGUGAAGGACUGGCUGUUUGACCGAAUUGUCCAAACACUCUCAAAGGACAACAGACUGGAGAAAUUGGAGAAGAAACAUCUUUCAGAGAUAGUCAAGAUAAUCACUGAAUCAAUUUCAAAGAUUAGAAACACAACAAGCACUGUAAAAGAUAUCAAGACGUUCAUUCAGAAUAUGUGCUGUGCCCUUGAAGAAAAGCUUGUUUUUCCAAAGGAUGCUCUGGAUUCCAUCAUGACUCUGAACUAUUCUGCUAACAUAGCACAGUUUGCUGACGACCUCACAGCGUUUGUGGGGAAAAUGGAACAGUCACUGGCAGCUGAGUAUGAUAAGGGAGGAGACAUCAAAGAGAGACUCAGAUCUCUGCCAUUCAAGCCUCAGGAAAAGAUGUUCACCAGUCUGUUUGGAUGUGGAGAACAAUGUCCUUUCUGCUGUGCACCAUGUGAAGCAGGAGGGAAGGAGCACGCCAAACACUCUACCUCUAUUCACCGUCCACAAGGAGUCAGUGGUUGGAUGAAUUUAAAGACACGUUUUUUAAGAACUGACAUAUGUUCAUCCUCUGUGAUUAGUGACAGAAAAUUCAGAACAAACCUGACUGAAGGAAAACCUCACCUCUACAAGGACUACCAGACAUAUUACCCUGACUGGAUGAUAACUGGAGAUUCCAGCAUUAAGGCUUCAGACUACUGGAAGUAUGUGAUGGCCACAUUCAACGAGAGAAUCGCUGAAGACACAAAUGCACUUCCUGCUGAUAUCCCAGAGGACUGGAAGGUGUUAACAAGUGAUGACGCAUUGAAGAGCUUGAAAAACGCAUUCAAUGUGAAAUAAAGUGGAAAACAAUAGCAUGACUCUUCUUGACCCAAACAAAAAUUGUCUAAUCAAAGAUUUCAGACAUUGCAAUCAGAAAUAACUCACCAAGCAUGAAUGUUUCUUAUCAAAAAGCCAGAUCGAAGAACUUGUGAAAUAAAUCAAUUCCAAUACAAUUUCCCAUCGCACAGCUGAUCAGGUACUUUUUCCCUUUCCCUUCCCUUGAUUGGGUUGUUGAAGGAAGCAACUGUUGAUCAAAAGGUACCACCUUUCACAAUCAUAAAAAACGAGGAAAAUGUUAGACUGAACUAGGAUACUGACCAUCCAAAAGAUACCAUGGAACUCUAACCAGAUAGUUGCAGAUAAAAAGCCUUUAUUAUAUUGGCAUAUCAGUGUAGGAACACAUGUCGCUACUGCCAACAACUUCAUCAAGGCCUUGUAGCAAGGCUAGUGUUUGAGUGGACAUCACUGACUGACAGAUACCUGCAGUAUAGGAAGGAAGGAGGAGUUAUACAAUACAUACUGUAGACUGACAGAUACCUGCAGUAUAUGAAGGAAGGUGGAGUUAUACCAUACAUACUGUAGACUGACAUGUACCUGCAGUAUAGGAAGGAGUUAUACCAUACAUACUGUAGACUGACAGAUACCUGCAGUAUAGGAAGGAAGGUGGAGUCAUACCAUACAUACACAAUCAAUCAAAUGUAUUUAAUAAAUCCCUUUUUACCUCAGCAGAUUCUAAUUAUACAGAAACCCAGCCUAAUCCCCAAACAGCAAGCAAUGCAGACGUAGAGUCACCGCGGCUAGAAAAAACUUCCUAGAAAGGCAGGAACCUAGGAAGAAACCUAGAGAGGAACCAGGCUCUGAGGGGUGGCAAGGCCUCUUCUAGCUGUGCCGGGUAGAGAUUAUAAUCAUACUGUUGACUACUAGUUGACUUGGACUGUGAUUGACUCUAACAUUCAUUCACAAUGUUAGACAAAUAUAUUCACAAUUGUUUUUAUAACCAUCUUGAUUAGAAGUGAAUGUAGAUAAUGUUCAUUGUGAUUACAAGUAUAUCAGUGCAAGAUAGAAGUGUAACUCUGUAAAAAUGAAGUGAAGGUCAUUUUUUUGGUUGAUCUUUGAUAUUGUGUAUUGCCUUUGAUUUGAUUUAGUUUGAUAAUGUAUGUCAUUCAUUUAGUCUUUGAAAGACCAGCCCAAUGUUGGGCUGAAAGGGAUCCUAACGUCAUGCAGAAUGUACAUCAUGUUAUUGUCAAUGGUCCAUUAGAGUUUUAUACCUAUGGAUAUGUGAUUAUGUUUAGAUUACCAUGACAACAAGCCUCAAACAGAUGCAUACAUACUGUACAUUGGAAAAGGCUUUUAUAGUCCUGGUCUUUGUCUGAUACAAUUGAAAUGUAUUGUAUUAAGGGCUACUGUAGUUGCAUGCAUGCUAAAAGAUUAUGUAACAAGUUCAUUAUUCUUUUGUUUAUUUUUGUCAGUUUUGUCAAACGUAAAGAAUGUGUUUACCUCUGAUUUAAUAAAAACAUUGCAGCAUUAUUUUACUGUAGAAAAAUGCAUGUAACAUUGUAUGAUUCCUCUCCCAAACAUCAAACUAACAAGGAUUGUUAAUUAUUGUUAAUGAAAACAUUUUAUUGACACAAAGUUAUUUUAAAUGCAAUGGAUCAGUCUGAAACUUUGCACGUACACUGGCCAUCUAGUGGCCAAAAUCUAAAUUGCAGCUGUGCUGGAAUAAUACA